ACUAAAUGAAUAUUAAUGUUAUGGAACACAUUUACCGCACAGAAAUCCAAAGGAAAGAGUUCUAAGUUGGCGUUUGAUCGCUUGUUGUUUUUGUGGACGCUCUGUAAAUCUAAAACAGUGAGAAGACUGACCGAGGUUUGGGAUGUCUGUGACUCAGCCCACUACCUGCUAUAAAUAUUCAUUCUACCUCAUCGCCAGCUAAGGUCUCCUGUUACAUGUCAAAGGCUGAGCUCAAAGGGUUCGGAGCCAUAGUGUGUUUUGUUGUUGCAGUGACUGGUGCUUUCCUUUUGCCCAGCACAUACUCCACUGUUCGUGGUGCCCAAUGGCUUUGUUACUUUUUGGCUCCUGUUGAGUAUUAAUGGCAUUUGCUGGCAGACGCGGACGCUCUUGUGAUCUGGUCGGGGUCGAAGCAACUUUGCUUGCAGCAGUAAACAAGGUCGAGGCCGACGCAGCAGCAGGACAGGAGGAGUCUCUUCUGUGAAGGUGUGUUUGAUGUGACCAACAUGGCCGGUUCCGGUGAAAAUAGCGGUAUCCCGCCUCAGUUCACCAGCGGCUCCAGCAACGCGUGCUCCACCAGGACCACCACCAUUCGUCUCCGGGACCUCUAUGAUCCCAAGCCUCAGCCGCCCAAAGCCCCGGUCCGGAUCCGCCCCCCGGGUCCGAGGCCCCCGUCGGUAAAGCAGCUCAACCUGAAGCCCAGUGACCCCCCUACCGAGCCCGUCAGGAGGACACGGGCCCGGUCCCUCCCUUCGUCUGCAGAGAGACAAAAGGAGCAGCGGAGCCUGCAGGUCCGCUUUGUGGACUCUCUGGGCCUCGAGUUGGAGGAGGUCAAGGUGUUCAAACUCCAGGAGCCCCCCUUGAUUCCCCAGCACGUGAUGUUCAGGCUACUGAUGAGCUCCGAGCUGGCUUACGCCAAGUCCUUGGAGCUGUCCCUGCCUUAUUUCAAACCCUGCUUCCCGGACACUAUGGGUGCUCGGCCGGACUUCCUGAGGCGCCUGUGCGCUCAGAGCGUGUGCCUGGAGCAGGUGGUGUGUUCAGAGCAGGGCAUCACAGGCUCCGUACGGGUGCUCAACCUGUCCUACGAGAAACAGGUCACGGUGCGCUACUCCUUCACCGACUGGAGGACGCACACGGAGACCGCGGCGUCCUGGACGGAGGGGAGGCACGGCGUGGAGGGCGGCGCCCCGGAGACCGACUCCUUCAGGUUCCGGCUGCCCGUCCCUCCCUUCCUCCUGCGGCCGGGGGCCGUUUUGGAAUUCGCCAUCCGCUACCGCGUGGCGGGAUUCUCUCACUGGGACAACAACGACGGACGCAAUUACAAGCUGUCGUGCCACAGCUACAAGGUGACUGUGCCAAGGGAGUGCAAGGACAGCAUGCUGCACUUCACCUGAGUGUCCACGCGGGGGCGGGGCUGUUACACCUGCACGCGGCUGCAGGGGGGACAAACAAGCGCAGUGCUUCAAGGGUACCGUGACCCGCUGUUUCCCUCAGCCUACUGCUACGGGAAAGGGAAUCAAGCGUAACACGGUUACUCUCCUCUAUGUAACGUUGGAGAGGUUUUAGGUACCUUUGUUACAUCUGUUCCAUGUAUUUGUAGUGCAGCAGUAAUGAGCAGUGAAAUAACUAAUGAAUAAAACUCCUCCCAGCUAAACAGUUAUAAACUUUGCUUUGAUACCUAUAAAUAAAUACCUGUACGCUCGAACUGGUAGAAGGGUCUUUAAAUAUUAAGAAAUGUUCCGUUAAUACAAGAAUCGAUUUGUUUCCAUCAGUUAUAACAGCAACACAGGCCCUUACAAUAUUUGGUCUGCUAAGAACCCCCCCGCCGCCCCUCCAAGAGGUAGAAGUCCCACAUACAACAAGAUUGACUGACUAUACUUUCCUGUGAUUUGAUCAGAAUCCACAUUCCUCUGCAGCCACACGUAUGGACACCAGAUGGCCCCAUUGCUUUAAUAUGUUUCAACCCGAGAUGUAAAGCCACUGGAGGCCAAGGUUUGGAUUCUUUUGUUGUUUUUAUUCUGGCAGUGGAAAGACCAUUUCAGAUCAUACACUUCUGGAGUGGAGUCACAACUCAAAUCAAGUAGCACAUAGGUGACAUUUCCCCACAAUUUGAGCUCCACGGUGUAAAUAUCAGUCCCUUUUUCUAAUUCAAUACUAAAAGCAGUGUGGGACACUCACUUCAAUAAAUCCCUUCAAGUGACGACAUCACGUCCUCUAAUCAUGAUGCCGCCACUGCUGAAGAGGCAAAAUGUGGUUAUGACUGCUGCUGAUCCAAACCUUCUCUCUCAAGGAAUAAACUUACAUUAUUACAGAAACUACACUUCAGAGAAAACCUGCAGGGAUUGUAAAUGUUAAAUUGUUCCUGACAGUCGGCACAUUAUUAGAAUUAGAUCUCUCAAUGUUUAUGCUGAGGUUUUUUUAAUUGGCCUUUUCCAUUGAGGGCCUUUUUUGGCAUGUUACAGUAAGACAAGCACAAGUAUCAAUGAUGAAACAAACAAGGUGAUGGUGGUGCAUGGACUAGAGAGGGUGUCCUGGGAACGCAAGGUUGGUAGUUUGAACCCUGGCUGCCCUAAGCACCAAGUCAAAGCGUCCCUGACCAAGACACCCAACUCUUAAUUGCUCCCUGGGCACAAAAGUAAAAUCCAUGGGUUACAAAUGCCAUGCAAAAUGACUUGUAUUGUAACAAUGGCUUAAUUCUAUUUAGCUUCUUCAGUUCAGGAUCUUGGUAUUGCCUCGCUAUCAUGGAGUCAUUUUUACUACUCAGUCCUGUACUUCUCUUACUUCAAUGACAAGUCAAAAGUACCUGCACGGGGAAGUCUGGUGUGGAUGGGGUUGUAGGGUUUCCUGCACAGCAUACGCACCUGUAUCAAAGCACAAAAACGUAUUGUUUGAUUUGUUUUUUAUUGAUUGGGUUUUGAAUUUCAUGUCAUGUGAACAUUUUUAUGCAGUCUUUCAAAUGAAUGUUUAGAAAUUACAGUUGGGCCUAGAAAAUGCAUUUCCUGCUGAAAAUGCAUUGGAAUGCAUAAAGCUGAAAUUAAUUUCAAAAAGUUGCUUAAAAUACAAAAAUGAAAAAAGCUUAAAUUAUUUGUAAACAUUUAUGAAACAAUAGAAAUAGGAAAAGCUGAAUAUUUUUAAAUGAAUCUAAAAAUAGCUGAUAAUACAGUAAUGAGAAAAACUGAAAUGGACUUGAAAGAAUUGCAAAAAAAUGAAAUAGGAGAAGCUUAUAUGAAUUUGAAAAAAUACAGAUAUAAUAAAAGCUUAAAUUAAUUUAAUUGUUGAAAGAAUAGAAAUAGGAAAAGCUGAAAACAUGUAUUUUUGUAGUAAUAUAAGGUUUAUUACUAGUUAUAGUUGUAAUUGUGGUACUAGUGGUACUAGUAGUAGAAGAAGUAAGUACUAGUUGUACUAGUAUUUGAAGGAGCAGUAGUGGUGUACCUGUGGUUGAGGUACAGAUAAUCAUUGAGGCUUUUAUUUUGAAAUAAUGGAAUUGGGUGAGGGGGGGAGAGAAUGUUUGUCAUUCAAACUAAAUGGACUUGGUAAAAUGGAUGUGUACAGCGCUUUUCUAGUCUUCUGACCACUCAAAGCGCUUUAACACUAUGACAUCAUUCGCCCAUUCAUACACUGAUGACAGGACCUACCUUACACAGUGGCACCUGCCCAUCAGUAACUAACAUUCAAACACUGUAGUCACCGCUAGAGGAGCAAUGCUGGGGUCAAGUGUCUUGCCCAAGGACACAUCACCAUGCGGGUGAGCCGGGCCUGGGAUCAAACCGCCAACCCUCUGAUUGAAGGACGGCCGCGCUUGUCUCUGUCUGAAUAUAUUUAAACUAACAAUGAGAAUUCCAAAAGGUAUACAAAGUGUUUCCCCUACAUUCAAUUUGGGCCCCAAGAAAGUAGGUUUCUUGAUGUUUACAAUGAUCCUGAUCCAAUAUAUGAGGAGGUGAAGCAUAUAAUACGCAAAAGAAGGAAUACCGCAGACAAUCGCGGACCAACUGAAUGCGGAAGGAUUUAAAAAUAUCUACUUACUAGGAAAGUUGUACACUCCGUUUUAAUUGCUUUUAAUAUGAUUGUUUUAUGUGUUGGCUUUAUUGCUGUAUCUGUGUUCAUGUGCUAAAUGCCCUGGUUUUACUGCAAAGUGUCUGCAACAUGUAAAGCACUAUAAAAUGUAUGAUAUUUUGCCUUAAAAGUGAGCAGAGGGAAUUAAUGUUCCUCUGGAAAUUUACACUAAAGACGCAUUUAAACCCUUAAUCACAAUGCAAGAAUAUGUUUUACAAUAUGCACAAAUCUCUAUAAGCUGAGUCUAAUAGUGCAUUUACUUACAAGUGUGUCAUAUAAAACGCGCAGUGCCAUACAGAGCAUCUGUGGGAUGGUGAGAGCUUUGUGGUCCCAUUUGUCCCCAUCAAAAUUGCCCUCAUCACGUUUACAUUUGUUCACUCCUCAGCGCACUCUGCUGAACAGGCUGCUCACUGCAGCGUGCGAUGAGGCUGACCGCCCGCUGCUGCAGGGGUCUGACGGUCCCCGCUAACUGCACCCAGGGUCGGCUCUAGCCCAUUGGCUGCCCUAGGCGAUACUAAAAUUUGCACCCCCCCACCUACCACCUGGGCCCACAUUGAACCAUAUCCAUACCAUGUCAUGUCUGCGUUCCAUCAGGUCCAAGUCCUCCCCUAAUGCAGCUUCAUAUCGACCUGAGACUCACUGUGUCCUGUCCUACCCAGGGGUUAACCACAUAUCAUUCUUCACCCAGUUACAAAACGCUGUGUCACAUAAUAGAAAUGCAGGUUUUCCUGAAGCUUUGAGUCAUGUUGGACACUGUCCUCCCUGUCUGGUCAUCCAGUGUCCACCCUCUUUUGAGUGAUCAUGCAGGGUGUUGCUUUCACUGGACUAAAAAGAAACAGUAAGCAGCUACUACUCUUUGUAUCUUUGAUGAAUGGAAUAUUUGUCAUCCACAUAUACCAUAUGAAGGUGUACAAGAACUUAAUAAACAUCGA